AUGUAUUUUGCCAAAGGCAAUGAGUUAUCGGUUGUAAAUGGCUGUUUACUGUGGGGUGACCGGGUCAUUGUUCCACCCAACCUGCGCAUUGCAAUAUUAGAGGCUUUACACGUAGGGCAUCCUGGAAUUGUCAGGAUGAAGUCUUUGACUAGGAGUUACGUGUGGUGGCCUAACAUGGAUAGGGAGAUCGAAGAAUGGGUGGCUACCUGCACACCGUGCCAGGAGUCCAGACCAGCUCUCCCUGAGGCGCCCGCUAAGGAAUGGGAGCGACCUCAAGCACCAUGGUCUAGGGUGCACAUUAACUUUGCUGGCCCAGUUCACAGCCAGACAUUUCUCGUAGUUGUGGAAGCCUACUCGAAAUGGUUAGAGGUAGUCCUGAUGAUCUCCACUAUGACAGAAGCAGUCAUCAAGGUGCUACAGAGGCUUUUCUCCACGCACAGCCUGCCCAACAUCUUGGUCUUUGACAACAGGCCCCAGUUCACAGCCAUGCAAUUUGAGACCUUCCUAGCAGCUCAGGGAAUCAGGCAUGCCCUGGUCGUGCCAUUCUAUCCGGCCUCCAAUGGUCAGGUGGAGAGAAUGGUGAGAUCUGCAAAAGAGGUCCUCUCUAGGAUGGGCCAGGGAGAUUGGCAAACACGGGUUGACCACUGUUUGCUAAUUCAGCACGUCAUACCCAGUGCCCUACAGGGAGAAGCCCCUCCAAGCUUCUCAUGGAUCGCCGGCUAA